AUGGCGAAUAGAGGGUUAGUUCAUGCUCUAUGUUUUGUGAUAUUUUUUGUGAUCAGUGUAAAACAUGGUGCGCUGGAAUUGAGGUUUUCAAAUCAAUCAUCAGUGAAGGCAAUGUAUGUAUUGGGGGAUUCUUCUGUUGAUUGUGGAGGGAACACUCCAUUCUACAAUCUCAUACACCACAGUCUCUCCUUGUAUCCAUGCAAUGGCUCUGAUUCAAGUCUUGUUCCUCAUCUUCUUGCUAAGAAAAUGAACUUGUCAUAUGCCAUACCAUUUUACAGCCAAAAUGGAACAAUUCAUGACCUUCUAACUGGAGUGAACUUUGGGGCAGCACAUGCUACCAUCCUAUACGAGGGGAGUCGAGGUUACCAGUCUCUAAACCAGCAAUUACGCCAAACUUUUGAGACUAUUCAACUAUUACAGCUUUGGCUCGGCCAAGAAGUUGCCACAGAAUUCAUCGAAUCUUCCCUCUUCUACCUCUCAAUUGGAAAAGAUGACUUCAUCGACUACUUCCUUAAUAACUCAUCUAGGAUAAAUCCUAGAUUCAGUGGCCAAAACUUUACUCAUAUUUUGGUUAACCAGAUGACAAAUGCUAUCAGAAAUCUUUAUGCCAAUAAUGUGAGGAAGAUAGUAUGCGCAGGCAUUCUACCUUUGGGAUGUGCACCACGAAUGCUUUCUAUGAGCAAUGAUAGAAGGCGUUGCGCCAGUGAGGUCAAUAGGCUGGUAUUGGAAUAUAACACGAGGCUGGAGGAGAAGAUUGUUGCCCUUAAUGCAGAGUUAUCUGAAGCCCAUAUAAUCUUUUGUGAUGUUUAUCGAGCCAUACUGGAGUUCGUCAACAAUCCUCAAAACUAUGGAGUUAAGGAUGUACAUAACGCGUGUUGUGGACUAGGCAGGUAUCAUGAGAUGACUGGGUGCCUCUCUACGGACAUGGCUUGCAAUCAAUCCUCAACCUAUGUCUGGUGGGACUUAUACAACCCUACCCCGGCUGUGAACUCAUUGCUGGCUAAUUCAGCCUGGUCGGGCGAUCCAUUGGCUGCUACUUGCCGCCCCAUUACUGUUCAAGAGCUGGUGUCCUCUUCAGUGUAA